UUCAUCCCUAAAGCAAAAAACCAAAAAAAAAAAAAAAGCAAUAAACAAAUAGACUUUAACAUUUGCCUGAGCGCGAGAGGUUCUUGAUUCCCGGAGACUCAGAGAUCUUACACCAAUAGUAAAAUACGACCCUCUCGAAAUUCAUCUGAUCCGGAUCGAAAUUGUGUGUGUUGGUGGAAAUAAGAGAUGGAUGAUCGGAGCGAAAACCAUGAUAUAGAGGUCGAAGGAGGGAACUACGCGUACGAGAGGAAGAUAUCUGGGAUUCUAGAUGAUGGAUCUGUCGGAUUCCAACAGCCUCUGCUCGCUAGGAACCGAAAGAACACCACUUCGCAGAUCGCAAUCGUCGGAGCCAACACUUGUCCCAUCGAAAGCCUUGAUUACGAGAUCUUUGAGAAUGAUCUAUUCAAGCAGGACUGGAGGUCUAGGAAGAAGAUUGAGAUACUUCAGUAUACCAUCCUCAAAUGGGCGCUUGCUUUCCUUAUCGGUUUAUCCACUGGCCUCGUUGGCUUUUUGAAUAACCUUGCUGUUGAGAAUAUAGCUGGAUUCAAACUCUUGCUCACCGGCAAUCUCAUGCUCAAGGAAAAAUACUUUCAGGCAUUCUUUGCAUUUGCUGGUUGUAACUUGAUCUUGGCAACUGCUGCUGCUUCGCUCUGUGCUUUCAUUGCUCCGGCAGCAGCAGGUUCCGGCAUACCUGAGGUUAAAGCAUAUCUCAAUGGUAUAGAUGCUUAUUCAAUAUUAGCUCCGAGCACACUCUUUGUUAAGAUCUUUGGAUCUAUAUUUGGAGUUGCUGCCGGAUUCGUAGUUGGAAAAGAAGGACCUAUGGUGCAUACUGGUGCUUGCAUUGCUAAUUUACUUGGACAAGGCGGUUCUCGAAAGUACAAAUUGACUUGGAAGUGGCUCAGGUUCUUCAAAAACGAUAGAGACAGAAGAGACCUCAUCACUUGCGGCGCUGCUGCUGGUGUCGCUGCUGCUUUCCGUGCUCCAGUUGGCGGAGUCCUUUUCGCCCUUGAGGAAGCUGCUUCUUGGUGGAGGAGUGCUCUUCUUUGGAGGACCUUCUUCACUACCGCAGUUGUAGCCGUGGUGUUGCGAAGUUUGAUUGAGCUCUGUCGAUCUGGGAGAUGUGGACUAUUCGGCAAAGGAGGUCUCAUAAUGUUCGACGUAAACUCGGGACCAGUGCUUUACAGCACACCAGAUUUGCUAGCUGUAGUCUUCCUUGGAGUUGUUGGUGGUGUUCUCGGAAGCCUUUACAACUACCUUGUCGACAAAGUCCUCCGCACAUAUGCCUUAAUAAACGAGAGAGGACCGGGAUUUAAAGUAAUGCUUGUUAUGGCAGUCUCCAUCUUGAGCUCGUGUUGCGCAUUUGGUCUCCCAUGGCUUUCACCUUGUACCCCAUGUCCUGUUGGAACAGAGGGCAAGUGCCCAAGCGUAGGUCGAGCCGGAAUCUAUAAGAGUUUCCAGUGUCCUCCAAACCAUUACAAUGACCUUUCCUCACUCCUUCUCAACACCAAUGAUGAUGCAAUCCGCAGUCUCUUCACAUCAAGGUCCGAGAAUGAGUUUCAAAUCGCCACCCUUGCCAUAUUCUUUUUCUUUGUCUACUUCCUUGGCAUCAUAACAUAUGGCAUAGCUAUACCCUCUGGGCUUUUCAUUCCCGUGAUUCUCGCUGGAGCUUCUUAUGGACGGCUUGUUGGUAGACUCCUUGGUCCAGUAUCUCAGCUUGACGUAGGUCUGUUUUCUCUGCUCGGAGCUGCUUCUUUCCUUGGAGGCACAAUGAGAAUGACGGUUUCUCUAUGCGUCAUACUUCUUGAACUUACAAAUAAUCUCCUGAUGCUGCCGCUGGUGAUGCUUGUGCUCUUAAUCUCGAAAACCGUUGCCGAUUGUUUCAACAAAGGGGUGUAUGACCAGAUUGUGACAAUGAAAGGACUGCCGUACAUGGAGGACCAUGCAGAGCCGUACAUGCGCAAUUUGGUGGCAAAGGAUGUUGUUGCUGGACCUUUGUUAUCCUUUUCGAGAGUUGAAAAGGUUGGGGUAAUAUGGCAGGCUUUAAAGAUGACUAGUCAUAAUGGUUUCCCUGUGAUUGAUGAGCCACCUUUUACUGAAGCUUCUGAGCUUUGUGGGAUUGCCUUGAGAUCCCAUCUGCUUGUGCUUCUCCAAGGGAAGAGAUUCUCAAAGCAGAAAACGACGUUCGGUUCUCAAAUUCUUAGAAGCUGCAAAGCUCGCGACUUUGCGAAAGCAGGGUUAGGGAAAGGGCUCAAGAUUGAAGAUUUGGUUAUAAGUGGUGAGGAGAUGGAGAUGUAUGUUGAUCUUCAUCCCAUCACUAACACAUCUCCAUACACUGUGCUUGAGACUUUGUCUCUGGCUAAAGCGGCCAUUCUUUUCCGCCAACUUGGCCUUCGCCACUUGUGUGUGGUGCCCAAAACACCAGGGAGACCGCCUAUUGUUGGGAUACUUACAAGGCAUGAUUUCAUGCCGGAACAUGUCCUAGGACUCUACCCUCACAUUGAUCCUCUCAAGUGAAACCUGGUAUGGUUUUAAUACACUGGUAAACAUUAAUAAAGCAGGUAUGCAAGUAUGUGAAGCAUAAUAAGCUGUUGAAGCAGGACAUCUACCAACCAGCUCAACUAUGUCCAGUUAACCAAUAAACUAAAACAUCUAACUAAACGUUUUGAUUAGCCCAACAAGAAUUUCCACAUUGAAUCCUUAACUUCCUUGUCUCAAUGGCUCCUCUGAAGAUCAUCAUGAUGCUCACAUUCAAUUUGAACCAAGUAGAAUGGUCUUUUUACUUAAACAAUUCUCACAUAUACUCAUAAGACUUAUCUAGGAUUCUACAAAAACCAACUCUCUUCCUUUUUAUCCAAACUCACUUCUCAUGGUUACAUAACCUUCUUAAACCCUUCUAAAUCCUUUCCCAAAUCACAACUCUUAGUUGACCUUUAUAGGUCAUUUUGGUCCUUGAAAUAUGUUGAACGUACCGAUAGACUAUCCGAACGGGCUACACAUAAUUCCUUUCCAUUAGUUUUCAUUCCUUCUUAUACUACCUUAUAUUUAGGCUUCCUUGUGGUUUUCCAAACCACAUAGAUUCAGGCCAAUCGAUUUGGAUGCACUUUGGCCAAUUUCAGGCGAUUGGUUGCUUUAAUAGACGAAUCGAGCAACUCGCAUUCACUUUAACCCCUUAUUAACCUUCCCGUACUCAUUAAACGCUUGCACUUUUUUCAGGAUGGUAUGAAUAUUACUGGCCAAACCUGUCUUCUCAUGGACAUGUGUCAGUUCUUCGUACAUGUCAUUAUACACAAGCUCUUGUUUUUAUGGCUAAUCUUUUAAAAAUUUGUUUGUUUCCUUUUGUAUAUAAUGAUGCGUUCUUCCUCUUUCUGUUUUUCUCUUCAAUGUUUGAAUAUCUGCACAAUUAGAUUUUAGAGUUUCUAAAGGGAUUUCAUGGUUUAUUGA